ACCUACGUUCGGAACUUGGAAGGGAAGUGAAUUUUCGAACAAUGCAAAAGAGGGAUUAUCAUUUUCGGGGAGAAGGUCGUUGGCGGAGGUCGGAUGGAGCUGUACUGGGCAUACGUAAGAUCUGAGACAGGAAGCACCUGACGCUGGGCGAUAUCUACGUAUGCGGUAGUGAUGAGAUGGGGCUGAAUAGAGAGCAAGAAAUCGAUGGCGUCAAUCGAGGCAUAUUUCGGUAUUGGAAGUUUCAAAUGUCAAUAGUCAAGAUAUGUGAGAUGUCAAAGACGAGGCAAGAGACGUCUUAGUUUGAGCGAGGUGAGGAUUGACGAUGGAGGAAGAAUAAGACGAGAGGCGCAUUUAGGGGAUGAGGAGACAGACCAUAAGGAGACCAGACCAGCCGGGAGCUAGGCGACAGCGGAACGCUCCCGAGGAGCCAAUGCAGCAAAGGGAAAGGUACAACGGAAAGGGCCGAAGUGGAAGAGAAAAGGUGACGGGCGCCUUCGAAGCGGUAGGACGAUGAUCUCUCUUGUAACGACGGUUAUGCCAUAUGGUGUGGUGCGUGUAUGAAUCAGUCGUAGUACAAGACUACAAGUAGGGUGAAGGAGUCGGAGUUGUGGUCGAAGUCUCUGGUUGGUUAUUUCUGUUGUCUGAUGCCACGAGUAAUUAACCUUUCGGUUGACUGGUUU